GAGAGUGGAACUGCCUUGUUUGCAGGUGCAUCUCCGGCUUUGUAGGUGCGAACGUCUUUGUGCGGCGGACAAAUGGGGAGAGGAGGAGGAGGAGGUGGGCACUUCUGCGACGUAAGAUCCACAUCAGCUCAACUCCUCUCACAUCCCAGCCGGCACUUCCUCACUUUCUCAAGUGUCUCGCCCCACACCGCUCCCUGCCUCCUUUUUGGCUUAUUAUAGACCAGAUCUCAACCUCCUUCCCCCGCCCCCCGAGUUGGCUUCUUGCUAGGCUGGGGCUGUGUCACGCUUCCUUUCCUGCUGCCUGUCUCUUGCAAAAAGGCUGGAUGGUUACACCGGGAAGGUUGGCUCCAUGAUGUUAGGUGCUGUGAAAAUGGAAGGGCAUGAAACUAGCGACUGGAGCAGCUACUACACCGACAAUCAGGAGGCCUAUUCCUCUGUUCCCGUCAGCAACAUGAACUCGGGACUGGGGUCCAUGAACACCAUGAACACCUACAUGACCAUGAACACUAUGACUACCAGUGGCAACAUGACAUCCAGUUCCUUUAACAUGUCCUACGCUAACACAGGGCUUGGGGCAGGACUGAGCCCAGGCGCCAUGGCAGGCAUGUCUGCUGGCUCCACAAACGCCAUGAACAGCAUGACUGCCGGGGUGACGGCCAUGGGGACUGCGCUUAGCCCGACCAGUAUGAAUGCCAUGUCGGCUCAGCAAGCUUCAAUGAACGGCCUGAGCCCUUAUGCCAGCAUGAACCCAUGCAUGAGUCCCAUGGCGUAUGCCCAGUCCAACCUCACCAGGACCAGAGACACCAAGACCUUUAAGCGAAGCUACCCCCAUGCCAAGCCCCCCUAUUCCUACAUCUCUCUGAUUACAAUGGCUAUCCAGCAGGCUCCCAGCAAGAUGCUGACGCUGAGCGAAAUCUACCAGUGGAUCAUGGAUCUGUUCCCCUACUACCGGCAGAACCAGCAGCGGUGGCAGAACUCCAUCCGGCAUUCCCUCUCCUUCAACGACUGCUUCGUCAAAGUGGCCCGCUCGCCCGACAAACCCGGCAAAGGAUCCUACUGGACCCUGCACCCCGAUUCAGGCAACAUGUUUGAAAACGGCUGCUACCUUCGCCGGCAGAAGCGCUUCAAAUGCGAAAAGCAAGCGAACGGCAAAGCCGGUCAGGAGGGCAGGAAAGACCACUCCGGCGCCUCCAAUUCCAGCUCCAACUCCCCUUUACACAGAGGUCACAAUAAACCUGCCCAGCUGGAAACCGCAACCUCCGUCUCCAAUCCCAACCCUUCCACCAGCCCCCAGUCUAUGGACCACAAUGGAGCAAAUACUGAGCUUAAGACCUCGGCUUCCGCGGCGUCCUCUACCAUUAGCUCAGUCCCGGUCUUGGCGCCUGUCCCUCACCCGCCGCACUCCCUAGCCCACGAGUCCCAGCUCCACCUGAAAGGCGACCCCCAUUAUUCCUUCAACCACCCCUUUUCUAUCAACAACCUCAUGUCCUCCUCGGAACAGCAGCACAAGCUGGACUUUAAAGCCUACGAGCAGGCUUUGCAAUAUUCUUCUUACGGGGCGGGUAUCCCGGGCGGGCUGCCCCUGAGCGGCGCCUCCAUGGCCGGUAGGAGUAGUAUUGAGCCCUCGGCACUGGAGCCUUCCUACUAUCAAGGUGUGUAUUCCAGACCUGUGCUAAACACGUCUUAGCUCUGCUCAGUCACCUCCCGGACGGCGAGCCUGAUUCUCCCUCUCUCUAGCCCGGUAACAAAACUGUCGCGUCUCCGCACGCUCCGUGCAAAAGGACUGUUACUUUAUUGUAUUCGAACGCGUUGUGUAUGUUAUUAUAAAACAGGCCCUCCAGCGAAAUUGAGCGAACCCCCUAUUGUAUAUACCCCCCUCCCCUCGCCUUUGCCCCUCCAAAGAUCGCUGUAGCCUUUGCAGGGUGUUAUUAACCUUACAGAGAGAGAGAAAGAAAAGGUGGUUGAGCUUGUAAACUAUUUGUUUGUGCUUUCCAUCCUCACCCACUCCCCACUUCUGUGCUCUAUAAUCUCAUGCAAGUUUACAGGUAUGUGGCAAUACUUUUAACAAUACGGAGAUGAAGAAGCAAGCAAGUAGACAUAUAAGGUUCUUUUUUAAUUAAAAAGGUUUGAAGGACAAUACUGUGAAGUAGCAAAACACUAAUCUCUAAGCGACAAGAAAACUAUUUGCUUUCUCAGAUUAUCCUUUUGAUAUUUGCAAAAUACUCUUCGGGUAGCAGAACAGGCAUCAGCACAGAUGCAUGGGCCGGAUCCUGCACUCUUAUUGAUGUCAAUGGGCGCUUUGGAGCGCAGAAUUUGGGCCAGAUAUUUCCCAGCGUUACCUGCCUUGGGAUUUAAUAUAAAGUUACAGAGGUCACAGUCAGUUGGAUUUUUUUCCUCCCAAGCUGUUACUGAAGAUUCUCAUUCAUCAGGAACUCUCUUCAACGUGUGGAUGAUAUGAUUAUUUAAUUUGAGUCUCUUCAUUGCGUACAAACUAGACCUAUACAUGUAUAACAACGUUAUUUUUUUCCGGAAAAUAUUGAAUAUUAGCCCAACGCAAAGAAAGAGGCGAGAGAGCUCGCUCUCUCCUUAUAUCUGUUUCAGAAUAACACAUCCAGAAUUUUUUAUGGCCGUUUAAUUAUUGCCAUUGUUAGCUUGUUUCAUCCAGUGUUAAUGCACUUUCCACAGUUUUACACGGUGUUAGCAUAGACAGACGGGUCUUAUUAUUAUUCCUGUUCGCUUUCUCAAUGUUCUUAAUUUAUUGCAUGGUUUAUAUUUUCUUUCUUUAAGGCCGAAAUUGCUUUAAACAACAGUAAAAAAUUACACAUGAAUUUUUUUUAAAAAAUGUUAAUUUUAUAAAUGUGAUUGUAAUUGAAAAAUAUUUUGAUUUAAAAUGAUAACUGAGAAUUUAAGCCGUGAAGUAUGUUUUUGAUCAUUUGCAGUUAAGGACUUUAAAUAAAUCAAAUGUUAACAAUGAAUGAUUUCUGCUAUUUUCUUUCAAUUGCAUAUGUGCGAAGGCUAGAAUAGACUUACAUAAAAUAUAAAAAUAGAGGGUGGAUA